AUGGCCAAUAACUCAUCCUUACUAAUCAACAACCUGGUUAUUGACCCCAGAGAACUGUACAUCUGGUUCGUUCUGUCGGUUUUCAUCACCAUCAUCGGAACAUUGGCGUGCUGCGCUCUGCUUACCGUCAUUAUCAAGCAGCACAAUUACCGCGACGGUACCAAUCCGUUAAUCAUUCAACUACUUGCUGUUGACUGCUUUACACUGGCCAUUCCGGCUUUGCUAGGAUACAUACAAAUCUACCUGACCCAGAUCGGCUCUCCGAGCUCCAUCCGCUGCAAACCCGUGUUUUUCCUACACUAUCUCGCCAUAUCAGUGUCCCAUCUGAUACAAGCCUGUCUGGCCGUUAAUCGCUGCACUGCUGUCCAGUUUCCGCAUUAUUUCAACGCCGUUUCCCGUCGCAGCAGUGUUAUUCUAAUGACCGGCACCAUCUGGAUAAUUACGCUGUGUUUUUCGGUGCCGUAUAUCUUUGGUAUGGUGGCCACGUAUGGACAGGCACCACCGCUUGGGCAUUGCACCUUACUUGUCAAUGAUUUGCGGGUUUUCGGCAUUCUGGGAUCAUUCGUGACGACUAUUCCAUUCUGUAUCGAGGGACUAUGUUACGCCAUUAUCUUACUUGUAUUUCAGUGUCAGCGGCAUCAGAUUCGCGAACCAGUGACGCGAACGGAUGUGCGCCGGGAAAAAAAGAAACGCAAAGAAAAUAUGAUUUCGCUGGUGUUGUUGCUGUGUUUUUUGUGGUACAUGGUUUGCUAUUUGCCAAAUACGAUUAUAUCGUCGUACAUGGGAUGGUACUGGAGAAACCAUUGGAAUGCGUUCAUUUGGAUGCGAACGCUAUUCGGCACUGCUCAAGCAGGAACACCGGUAUGA